AGAAAGGCGAUAUUGAAUACUCCCAUUUUAAAGUUACUCCGGCAGAUGGACGUUGAGAUCACUGAAUAGGUUGCUGUUUUGAAGGGGAACCCACUAAUCACCAUGAGCUCUCGCCAGUGCAAGAACUGUGGUGGAACAGACAUUGACUUAGACCAGGCCCGAGGAAAUGCUGUUUGUAUGGGCUGUGGGUCAGUCUUGGAAGACAACAUUAUUGUGUCCGAGGUACAGUUUGUGGAGAACAGUGGAGGGGGCUCAUCGGCAGUGGGGCAGUUUGUGUCUGCAGAUGGUCCUGCGAAAGCCCCAGUCCUGGGGAGUGGGUUCCACACAAGCCUGGGAAAAGAGUCUCGCGCUCAGACUCUACAGAAUGGGAAACGGCAGAUCCACAACCUGGGUAGCCAGCUGCAGUUGAACCAGCAUUGCCUGGACACUGCAUUCAACUUCUUCAAAAUGGUGGUGAGCAAGCACCUCACUCGUGGGCGCAAGAUGACUCACGUCAUUGCGGCAUGCCUCUACCUGGUCUGUCGCACCGAAGGCACACCACAUAUGCUCCUGGAUCUGAGUGACCUCCUACAGGUGAAUGUAUACAUCCUGGGGAAGACCUUUCUCCUGCUGGCAAGGGAACUCUGCAUCAAUGCUCCAGCUGUCGACCCCUGCCUGUACAUCCCCCGCUUUGCCCAUAUGCUGGAGUUUGGGGAGAAGACCCAUGAGGUCUCGAUGACAGCACUGAGGCUGCUGCAGAGGAUGAAGAGGGACUGGAUGCAUACAGGUCGCAGGCCAUCGGGUCUUUGUGGUGCAGCCUUACUGGUGGCUGCCCGCAUGCAUGAUUUUCGCCGCACGGUGAAGGAGGUCAUCUCCGUGGUAAAGGUCUGUGAGGCCACGCUGAGGAAGAGGCUGACAGAGUUUGAAGACACACCGACCAGUCACCUGACCAUCGAUGAGUUCAUGCGAGUGGACCUGGAGCAGGAGUGUGAUCCUCCAUCUUUUGUGGCAGGCCAGAAGAAGAUUAAGAUGCAGGAGCUGGAGAAAGAAUUAGCGAAGAAACUUGAUGAAUAUCAAGGUGAAGUCAAACUCUACAGGGAUGAGAUAGAGACUGAACUGGAGAAUAGUCGACCCAAACUGAGAGGAAUUUAUGCUGCCUAUGCCAGAGAGGAUGCUGAGGACCCUGGGCUCUUGUUGGCCUCGAGGCAGGCCGGAGAUGAAGAGCCUGAGGACGAGGAGAUGCAGGCAGCGGCUCAGCAUCUCAAUCAGGAGUUCAUCAGCCAGGUGCUUCCUGAGCUGGAACAGGAGACACAGGGCGAAGGGGAAACACAGCAGAGAGACAGGGAGCGCUCAGACCAGCCCUCCAAAUCAACACACAUUCCCCUCACUGCCAUCCUUGGACCCCUGCCAAGCGCAGCCAGCCUGGGCCUUACAGACUCCAUCCGGAAGUGCAUCAGCGAGGAGGGAGAGAGCGAUGAGAAAUCGGACAACGGAGAGCUUGAUCUGGAAGGCAUUGAUGAGGAUGAGAUUGAGAGAUAUAUUCUGAAUGAGAAGGAGGUGCAGGCUAAGACAGAGCUGUGGAUGAAACAGAAUGAGGAAUAUCUAAACGAGCAGAAAGAGAAGGAGGAAAGAAUAGCCAAAGAGAAGGAACAAGGGAUCUAUAAAGAGAAACCCAAGAAGCCGUCCAAGAGACGAGAGCCGAUCCGGGCCAGCACCGCAGGCGAGGCCAUCGAGAAAAUGCUGGAGCAGAAGAAGAUCUCCAGCAAGAUCAACUAUGACGUACUGAGAGACCUCAACAGCAAAGGCGGUGGUAGCAGCCCUACCCACCAGGACGAAACCACACCCACCAGUGGCCCCGGUCGUAAAAGGCUAUCCCGUCGUAAGAAGCAAACUAGCAAGAGCAACCUUGGCUUGGCCAAGCCUGCCAGCCUCAUGGGUAAAAGGCUCCGCCCGCUGAUAUCAUCCACACCCAAGAAGAAGAAAACACCUGCACAAAUGGUCUCCACUGUGAUCACACCCCCUGCACCACCACCACCGCCACCCCCUGCACCUACCCCACCCCCAGUGGUGGAGACUGGACCUGUGGCCUAUGAGGAACCUGUCCAGGAUGAGGAAGAGGAGGAGGUGGAAGAAGAGACCUGUGUCAGUGCUAUGGAACUAAUGGGAGGAAAUGAGUACGGAUGCGAAGCAGAAGAAGAGGAAGCCUUUUAG